GGGGCGGGCGGGGGCCGGGCCGGGGGACUCGGGUUGGUGCCCGGGCCGCUCUCGGCGCACCAUGGGCCCCUGACGCCUCCGUGGGUGCGCACCGAGAACACGGCCGCGUCCCCGGGCCGCGUCCCCGCGCUGUCACCGGGCGUUCGGGGAGCGGAGCCGGCUCCCGAAGCGUCCCCGCCGCCGCCGCUCCGGGAGCGUGGGGCUGGCAGCGGCAGCGCUGGGCUGGGGGCAGCCGCGGGGCCGGGGCCGUUGACGGGUCCGUGCGAGCCCGCGGCUGUCCGCGCUCGCAGCCCGGCCCUGCGGCCUUCCCUGCCGGCCCGGCGGGGUUUGUCCGCCUUGAGCUGCCCACGAGGUGCCCCCAAACCACAGCGAGAAGCCUGGGAAGGAAUUUAAUCCUCUUUUCCAGAACCCAGGUUGCCGCCUUUGAUCCGAGCUCCCUCGUGCCGGGGCUGGCGGCUGCGGGGGCUCCUGGGGGCUGCGGGGCUGUGCUGGAGCCCUCGCUCUGCAGCCCCGCGCUCUGCAGCCCCGCACUCUGCUCCUGGGCAGGGCCGAAGCCCUGCUCCUCUUUCCCUCGCGAGCCCAGCAGCCUGUCUGCAGCCGGGAAUUACAGGGCUGCUUGCCGAAACGCAGACACUGCAACGUGUUCAACUCCAACCUCAUUUCCAGCCUUUUCUCCGUAUUUUAGAUACCUUCUACCAGCUUCAAAUCCCAUCCAACCUGGCCUUUGGACAGUCCUUUCUCACUGCCAUAAAUCUCUCCAGGCUGUGCAGGAGGCAGCAUGGAAUUCUGACUUGUAGACUGAGUGCCCCACCUAAAAAAGGUACUUUUUUUGUCUUUUGAAUAAACCCACAUGAAAUGACCACAGCCUUUUGCAGAGGGUUUUCAUGCACAGAGAUCUCUCCAGAGUCCCUUGUGUGCUCAGUGGCUGGCAGUGAGGGAUGUCACUGUGCUUCUGAGGCCAGAGGGGAGCCCUGUGGGUGAGGUGGGGGUGUCUGUGGUUUGGGAGCUUCAAGCACCCUGCUGACAGCUGCCCUUGGACUUGGCACAAGGGAUCUGCAGCAGUUGCUGAGAGGAGUGGCUUGGAUGCAGUGGAGCCUGUGAGGCCAGGGAUGAUAAAUGGCUGGUGUUUCUUCAGCACAGUUGUUAUUACUGGCCUGACCUGUAAUCAGUUCCACGCAGCUUUAAUGCUGUUCUUCAUCUUAAAAUUUCGAUCUUCCCAUUGCUCUAAGGGAAAUAAUUCUGGGUUUUGUUUUGCUCUUCUCUGAACAGUUUCUGUAUUUGAGCUCCUGUCUGUAGUGAAAACUGCCCUGGAUAAGAGUUUUCUCCUACAAAUGACAGAUGUAUCACAUUGCAAGGUAGUUUUGCUCUGGAGGAGUUUCUGAUUCCGUUGCUGUGAAUGCUCUGUGGCACACUCUGUGUCUGCACUGGAGAGUUAAAUGUCAUUUCAGAAGAACCUGAGGACAGCUCCAGCAGGAGAAUCCCAGAAUGGUUUGAUUUGGAAGGGACCUUAAAGCUCAUUUCAUUCCACCCAGUGCCAUGGGCAGGGACACCCUCUGCUAUCCAGGCUGCUCCAAGCCCUGUCCAGCCCAGCCUUGUACACUUCCAGGGAUGGGGCAGCCAUGGAUUCUCUGGGAAACCUGUGCCAUGGCCACACCAGUCUGGUUGGUGGGGUUUGGAUUACAGGCUGUGUCCUCAGAAAGGCCUUAGGGACAUGCCAGGAGCAGAGGUGCCCUGUCAGACAGGGAUGGUCUCCUCGGGUCAGUGUCCCCAGCCAGCCCUUGGCUGUGACCUGGUGUCAGGGAGGAGCUGUGAGCAGCAGAUGACCCAGCAAAAUGAUAAGCUUGAGUGCAGCAUGCAGCCUGAGUGUCUUUGGGGGAGCAGAACUCAUUUUGGGAAAUCUUGGGAAAUGUUAUUUUUUCUUGUCCUGAUGCAAGUGGGACUGCAGAAAGAGGAACAAAUGACCCAAGACUGAAUGUCACAGCAGGUGACUGCCCAGUGAGCUUGCUGCAGUGUCACAGUGUGCAUGGGAUCAAAACCCAACAGUCUGCUCGUGGAAAAUAGCUGUGAUGGGAAUGUUGCAUCUUAUUCAGAGCAAAACCUGGCUGUUUUUGUCUUUAUUGAUUGCAGCUUGGGGCUUCAACAAUUUCUGGCUGACAGGAAGGAAACCUCUGAGGUACUUGAACUAACCAACCAAACAGAACCAAACCAGCCACAUGCUGUGUUUGAGGUCCUAAAAUGUCCAGUCAGAACCUGAUUUCAUCAUUCUGUGGAAGAUAAAAAUGUGUUGAACAUCAAAUCUAACUUACAGUAUAUUGCUAAAAAUUUUCUGGGAAGAGCUGGUGCCUGGUGACGUUCCAGAUGCUGUGGUUUGGUGCUUUAUGAGUGGAAAAUGAGUUAAACCUUUCCAGUGCACGGAUCCUUAAAUGGUUUCUGUCACCAGUCUUCAUCCACCUGACUGUCUGUGGCUCUCUGUGCUUGUCAGCAGUUCUGUCUGACUGCUGCUGAUGGUUUGUCCCUUGGGUUUAGCUGUGCAAGAGUUGCUGCUUUGAGGCAGAUCAGAUCUGUAAAUCUGCACUGUGGCUUCAGGAAACAGGAGAGUGAAGGUGAAGGAGGAGAAGGGUGUCUGAAUACCAAUGAAUGAGCUGUGAUGGAUAACAAGGACUCAGAAGCUGAGAUCCACCCUCUGAAGACUGAGGAUGUAAAAGCUCAGGAGAACCAUGAAAACUACGUGGAGAGGAGGAUUAUCAAGUCCUCGGGGCUGUCCCGGCUGUCCCGGUGGCGCACUGCUGCCUUCUUCAUCUCCCUGUUCCUCUGCCUGAUCAUUGUGUUUGCUUUCUCCUUUAUCAUUCCCUGCCCAGAGAGGCCAGUUUCAGAAAGAACAUGGUUCCAAUACUACAACAACGCAGAGCCCUACCCGUUCCUUGCUAUAGAAGACAUGAAUGAAGACAAAGUACAAGAUGUGCUCUUUGCUUUCAAAUCCAGCAAUGGCAGCAGCAGAUUCAACAUGUCCUGUCUGGAUGAAGGGCUGCCGUCUCCCUGUGCCUUCCUGGCUGCGGUGUCUGGCACGAAUGGCAGCGUGCUCUGGGAGAGCCCUGCUGCAGAGGACAUGCAGUGGCUGCAGUGUGGCAUCCAGCAGCUGGGCACGGCCGCAGCCCCGGGCUGCCUCGUGGUGGAGAAGCCACUGUCCCUUACAGCCGUCAACCUGAGCACAGGGGAAGUUCUGUGGAGGCAAUCCCGUGACUUUGGAGCUAAUUAUACUGUGCUGACUCCUUUAUCAGUGAUUCCAGAUGUGGAUGAUGAUGGAGUUCAGGACCUGAUAAUCUUUAUUACUAAAACAGGCCAGGUGAAGGUCUUCAUCUGUUCAGGAAAAACUGGCCAGCAGAUUGGCUCCACGGGCAGCCUGAGGGUGGAUGGCAUCGCUCGCUACGUCAGGCUGCAGCUGCACUCCUCCUCCUACUUCCUUUUCUACACAGAGAACUCUCUCUAUGCAUAUUCCCUGGAAGAUCUGUGCAGUACAGUAGUUGGGGAGGAAGUUAAGCUUCCCAACUUCCAGCCGGAUUCUCACUGGGAGAAGCACAUUGACCGUGCCACGCACCUCUUAUCCCUUCUCAGAUUUGAAGACAUUCACUACCUGGCAACAGUUCCUGGGCACUCACGGGACAACAUCUUGGUCGUGGACUCAGAGGUGGCUACACUGAUCAACACAAAAGAUCUCCACGCUGUGUGGACCCUCAAUGUGUCCCGUGUUUUGAGUGAGCCGCUGCUCGGUUACUACAAACCUGAUGCCCAUGGUAUUGUCCUGGAGAGUGAGAUUGGACCCAAUAGGAAGAAGGUUAUGAUUGUUGAGAGUGAAUCUGGAGCAGUCCAGUGGGAGCUGAAGCUGAACUCGGGACCAGGGAGCCCUGGCCCAGCCACACUUCCCACUGCGGAUCACCGCUCUGCCUUCCUCGUGUGGGGAGACUACCAGGAGCCAGGCAAUGAGACGAGACCCCGAACUCCUCUCCAGAAGCUGUACCUUUUCCACCCUUCCUACACUAAUGUCCUGUUGGAGCUCCGCAACAGCACCGACCAAAUCAUUGCGUUCAGUGCGGCGCUGUUCGAGCGGAGCCGUCACGCCUGCUAUCUGCUGCUGCGGGGCCCCCAGCCCGGCGAGGGGCCAGGCCCCCUGUCCCUGAUGAAGAGGAAGCUGAAGGAGGAUGUGGCACUGAGCAGGGUGAUCUGGCUGCGCCGCACGCCCGGGGACGAGGAGCAGCACAUCCGGGACCGCCUCUACAGGAUGCGAUUCCAGAGCCGAGAUUGAGCUUAACGGGGAAUGGGGAGAGGCUGCCCCUGCUCUGCAGCCGUGCUCUCAACAAGCCCAGAGCCUGCAUUCCCAUGGGAAGCUGCCUUUCUUGAUCCACAAACCAAAGUGUGGCUGGCAGGGAAGCACCCCCAGUGUCUAGGGACACCCAGGCUGUGGGGGCAGCUGCCAGAGUGUCCGUCCUUAGAGCUUAUGGGACUUCAGUGCUUGGCCACCACUGAGGUGUCAUCAGCUCAGGGAGGAGGGCUUUCCCCUCCAUCCCUCUGUGCCCACAGAACUGUGCUGACUCAGGAGUGUGUCUGGAGGAAAACAUGUGCUUGCUGAGGUGCCAGAAUUGAUGAUUUCUGGGAUGGCUGAGAAGUGGAGUUGGAUGUCUGGGAAGUGGAGUUUGCUGUGUGAUGUUAGAUUUCCUUUCUGAGUCAGCUCUCCUGGCUGGGGAGAGGUGCUUGGCUGCAAGUUGAUUUGCAAUUACCCUUUCCUGGAUUUGGGCCAUGCUUCAGUAGUGGGGGGGUGUGUGGUGUCCCCAGCUAUGGCUGUGGUGUGUCUGGUGUCACUUGGGCCAGCAAAGCGCAGGUUAAAGUGUCGUUCUACUUAGCAAAUGGCCUUUUCUCCCCCGAACACCCCCAUGUGUCCUACUCUGCAGUCACUAGCCUGCCUGUGUCUGUGCUCUCUGCUGCUGCCUUCCCAGCCAGGCUGUGCAGUGUUGGUGGCACUGAGAGGGAGCUGGUCUCCCACCUGAUGGAUGCAUCAAUGUUCCUGCCUUCCCUCAGCCUGCUUAUAGAUGGUGAGAGAUACACCCUGAGGCCAGGCUGGCUGGUCCCUGGAAGUACCACCACCACCUCUCCAGAUUUAAGGAACCAGAGGAUCUAGCUUGAGUAGAAUUGCACUUGAACCUUUUCUGGGAGCUGGGAUUGCUGCUCUGGGAAGCCCUGUACCCAAGUGGCAGUGCCAGCACCCUCCUCAUUCAGCCUUGCAGCUGCUGAGGAGCCUUCUCCAAGCACUGUCCCUGCUGCCAGGGGGUGGGCAGGAGCUCUGUGCUGCCUCCCUGCCCUUGGAAUUGAAGUGAUGCUGGGUGAGGAUCCUCGAGCUCUCUGCCCAGCCUGGUAUCCCAAGGGGAUGGGACAGGUUGCUGUGUGAAGAUGACAUGUUCCUCCUGGAGCUCCUUGUAGCACCGUGAGGUGUUUGCUCUGCCCUGUCCUGAUGGGUGCCAGUGUAGACUGUAGAAAAAAGGUGCAGAGCCUUGAAAACAGUUUGAACCAGCUACUCACUCCUGAAAAUAAAAACUAGGCCUAAAAAUAAUCUCUCUCAAGCUCUGCAGUGCUGGAGGGGGGUUGGCCAGUGCCUCCCUCCCUUGCUGAGUCUGACACUGGGGGAUGUGUAGAAACACUGUAGGAUGGGAAUGUGCAGCAUCAGGCACCAGUUCUUCCCUUCAGCCACUGCUGAGCCUGAAUGUGCCACUGGGCUGCUGCUGUCACCAGCUCAUGCCACAGCCCCAGCCCUGCCAGGCUGACAGCACAGGGAGCUGGGCUGCCUGGACACCUCCUGCUUCCACCUGACCAGGGGCUGCCUGUAGGUUCCCUCUCCCGUAUCCUGGGCAGUCAGGGGAGCCAGUCCUGGGGUGUCCAGCUGUGCUCAACAACCUUCAAAAGCACCCUGGGCUCAAAAUGAUUGUGUUGCCCCUCUGCCUCUCUUCCCAGCUGUUUUCUGAGGGAGUCCAGGAGUGCAGGGAGGUUCCCCAGCUGUGUCCCCCAGCUUGGGUUUCCUCUUUGCUCAGCACCUUAGGCCUGACAGCCACCCAGGUCUCUGUGCCAGUGUUGCAGCCAUAAGAGGGCUGGAUUGAGGCUGCCCUUCAGCCAGCUGGGGCAGGGCACAGGGCAGGGGACCCUGGGCUUGCACUGGAGCCCAGCCUGAGUGCUGGCUGUGGAUUGUUUCCUGCUGAGAUUCCCCUGGCUGGGAGCAAGGGGAAUGCCUGGGCUGUGUUCUCAUGACACUCUCCCUCCUCAGAUCCCUACCCAGACAUGACCUUCCCACAGGCACACUGAAUAUUCCUGGAGGAGAGCUGGAUUUUCAGCUUUGAGGAGCUUUCCUGGCUUUAAGUUGUCCAGUAAUGUUUCUGGACAAUUUGGAAAAGCAGAUUUCGCCGUGGCAGCUCAAUUAAACGCAUCAGUGCCAAACCAGCACCUUCUUAACAAAACCAGUCUGUUUCCAGCUUGUUUCCUGUGUAAUUGUUCUUUUGCAGUAUUUGAUGAAUGACUUUGUGCCUUGAUUCAAUAACUCAUCUGGGUGGCAAUGGCUAUAUCACUGUGUUAUGUGUUAGUGUGGUUUUUAACACUGAGACUGUUUGGUUUGGUUCUUUAACUUAUUGCAAAUUGUGCCGUACAGGACUUGCUCUAACCGGAAUGGUUUCAAUAAAUCCUCUUUUGCAUUGUUUGUAAA